AUGACCGAGUCAUCUGGGAUACAACGAGACAAUGUGGAAAGGCCACGGACGCCACCGGGGACGGUUUAUUUCGGAGAGGGACCCAUCGAUCUUGACGGCGUCGAAGAAGAUUCCGACGGCCAUGUUAUACUCCAGCCACAUCCAUCGAGUGAUCCAAAUGAGCCAUUGAACUGGCCCACUUACCAAAAGGCCAUCAACUUUGGGAUUACUUGCCUUUUCACCUUGAUGGUGUUUACCACACUGGACGUCGGAACAGUGACCUGGCCUGCCCUGAUGGAAGAUCUCGGUUAUGGAGAAGAGUAUCUUAAUAACAGCUAUGCGUCUGGAUUGGCAGGCAUGGCUAUUGGGUGCAUCUUCUUCAUUCCUGCGGCGGACCUACUCGGGCGGAAGCCUGUAUACAUGUUUGCUUCCUUUGCCCUGGUCCUGUCGAAUAUAGGUUCAGCGGUGUUCCAAACCCGCGUCCAGUAUAUCGUGCUACAGGCGAUAGCGGGGCUCGCAGGCUCAAUCAACGACACGAUCAUUCAGAUGACUACAUAUCUGAGCCUCAUUCCCACCGGAUAUAUUAUCAAUAGCCAGGGAUGGCGUUGGGUAUGGUGGUGGUGCGCCAUUCUUAACGGACUGGUACUACUCUUGAUCAUUUUCGCGUACGAAGAGACUCGGUAUGGGAGGCCCGCAGGAAACUGCUAUGUUGGCCAAGACCCCCCAGGGGCACUGGGGGCAGAAGAGAAGCAGAUUACAGCCUCUGAAUUCGACAAAGAAAAGCCGAUGCCAACCCAUUGUGAUACAGUCCCACCGUCGCCUGUGGAGGAGCCUAUCCCGCCCCGGAAGACGUAUUUUGAAAGAAUGACUCACUUUGAGCCUUCUGACGAUAUCACCUUCAAAAGGUACUGGCGGCAUAUGUGGACUCCAUUUGUCCUAAUUUUCCGCAUCCCAGCAGUGGCAUUUGUGGGUCUUCAAUAUUCCUUCAUGAUGGUCUGGGUGGCCAUCCUAGCCACAACACAACCUCUCUUGUUUGCGGAACCCCCAUAUAAUUUUACAUCAGUGGGCAUCGGCAAUAUUAACAUUGCGCCCUUUGUCGGUGCAGUUAUCGGGUCCAUAUAUGGCGGUCCUCUCAAUGACUACUAUGUCGUGUACAUGGCCCGGCGCCGAGGUGGAAUCUAUGACCCGGAACUCAGAUUGCACAUGCUCCUUGCGCCCAUGAUCAUCUUACCUCUAGGUCUCUUCCUUUACGGCAUCAGCAUUGCCAAUGGACAACCGUGGAUUGUCCCCUUAAUUGGAUCCUCAUUUGUCGGCUUUGGUAUCGGAUCGGUAACAUCGAUCGUUCUCCCGUACUAUGGAGAUUCCUAUUGUGAGCUUGUCGCUGAAGGCCUCGUCGUCAUCACAGUCGUCCGCAACGCAAUCUCGACGGGUGUCUCGUUCGCUAUCAAUCCGUGGAUGAACGGACUUGGUGUGCAGAAUAUGUUUAUCAGUGCUGGAUGCGUGUGUUUUGGCAUUAUGCUCUUUAUCAUUCCCAUGAUAAUCUGGGGUAAGAAGACGCGUAUCAGCACCGCUGACUAUUACUUGAGUGCCGUGGCUGCCGGUUAG